AUGGCCUCCCCGCCCGGCGGCGAGCAGCGGGCUCUGCGGGAGCGGGUGGCGGCGCUGGAGGCGGACCUGGGCGCCUGCCGCGAGCAGCUGGAGCGGGCGCAACGCCGGCUGCGCCGCACCGAGCGCCUCUACCGCCAGGCGCGGGAGGACGGCGAGGCGCUGGGGAGACAGGUUGAAGAGCUUACUAAGGAAAUCCAGAACAGGAAGAGGAGAGAUACAGCAAGUGUGGAAGUGCAGACAGAAGACUAUGCUGCAUGGUCACAAGCAGAUUAUUACUAUUAUGAAAAUUAUUACAAUCACACUGAUACUCAAGACUGCGCAUCUGAACUGUCAGUGCAGUACGAUCGUGGGACUGAAGCUGCUGAGCAUAAUUCCACGGAGAAGUCACAGACAGAGGCUGGUAUUUCCUUAAGGAUUGGUAACACGGAAGUUGCUGAAGGUGGAGAAGAGGAAAAUUAUAUCCAGAAUUCACAGGAAGUGGAAGAUCCCUCAGCACCAGAGGGUUCUUUGGCAGAGAGCUUGAGAGCUGCUGCAGAAGCUGCCGUUUCACAAACCGGAUUUACUUACGAUGAAAAUACAGGAUUGUAUUAUGACCAUAGCACUGGAUUUUACUAUAAUUCAGAAAAUCAACUGUAUUAUGAUCCAACAACUGGAAUUUAUUACUACUGUGAUGUGGAAAGUGGCCGAUACCAGUUUCAUUCACGGGUAGAUUUGCAGUCUUACCAGGCCUCUGGUACUCAGCACGCAAAGGAUAAAAAAGGGAAAAAGAAGAGAAAGGAACCAGAGCGGAUUACUGCGAAUGAUUAUAAGGAUUUGGACACAGAAGAACAGAAAUCAUCUAGCAGUCUGAAUUGCUUUUCCACCACUGAGCAAGUAAGUUCUGCUGAAGAAGAAGAGUCUCCAAAUCUAAGAAAGAAGACUAAAAUGGACAAAAAACCACGAAACAGUCUAACAGCCAAAGAAUCAAUGGACAGUAUAAAUUCACAUUCACACAGAAGUACACCAGAAACUGCAGCAUAUACAGAUGACAGUAGAACAGCAGAUACAGCAAGUGAGCCAGAAGAAGGUGAAAUUACAGAUUCUGAGUGUGAAGCCUACAGCAGUGAGGAUGAAGUGUCAAGUCAAGAAUCUACUGAUUCAGAAAACUCAGAAAAUGAAGAUGAAGAAAAGAUCUGGCCUCCUUGUAUCAGAGUAAUUGUAGUAAGAUCACCAGUUUUACAGACUGGAUCUCUUUAUAUUAUCACAGCUGUGAAACCUGCUACAAUAGGAAGAGAAAAAGAUGUUGGACACACACUUCAGAUUCCUGAAGUUGGAGUCAGUAAGUUCCAUGCAGAAGUGUAUUUUGACCACGAUUUGCAAAAUUAUGUUCUUGUGGAUCAGGGCAGUCAGAAUGGAACAGUUGUUAAUGGAAAUCAGAUUCUCCAGCCUAAAACAAAAUGUGAUCCCUACAUCUUGGAGCAUGGAGAUGAAGUGAAGAUUGGUGAAACAGUGCUCUCUUUUCAUAUACAUCCUGGCAGUGAUACUUGCGAUGGAUGUGAACCAGGACAAGUCAGAGCCCAUCUCCGCCUGGACAGGAAAAUUGAAUCUUCUGUUUGUCCUCCACUUAGCAAGGAAGAGAGAGAAAUAGUCAGAAGAAAAGCAUUAAAACAAAUACGGGUAAAAUACGGUUUACAGAACACAGAGUAUGAAGACAACAAAGCAGUGAAGAAUCCAAAGUACAAAGACAGAGCAGGAAAACGCAGAGAGACCAUUGGCAGUGAAGGAACCUUCCAGAGAGAUGACAGUCCAGCUUCUAUUCAUAUUGAAAUUAGCAACAGCAACAAAGGACAUAAAAUGUUGGAGAAGAUGGGAUGGAAGAAAGGGGAAGGCCUGGGCAAGGAUGGUGGUGGUAUGAAGGAUCCGAUCCACCUCCAGCUACAUAAGGCACAUGCAGGUUUGGGUACCAGUAGACCAACCUCGCUUGAAGAUGUUCAGAUCAUCCAGAGCAAGAACAGAAAGAACUGGGAUAAAGCAAGAGAAAGGUUUGCAGAAAACUUCCAAGAACCUAAAUCACAAAGGGAUGCACCCAAGAUUACACCUUGGGUUAAAGGCACUGUAGAGUGAAGCAUCUGGUCCCACAGUAGGGUAAUUCCUAUGUGUAAAUAACUUGGGAGAGAAUUUAUUUUUAUUCUUUUGCUGAAGCAGGAGUUUGGUGUUAUGUAAAAUACAGUUGUGGUAAAAAUACACAAGAUUAACUCUA